GUUGGAGUGGGUGGAGAUCAUUGAGCCGCGCACGCGGGAACGCAUGUACGCCAACCUCCUCACCGGAGAGUGUGUGUGGGACCCCCCUCAGGGGGUACGUAUCAAGAGGACAGGGGACAACCAGUGGUGGGAGCUGUUCGACCCCAACACCUCCCGCUUCUACUACUACAACGCUUCCACGCAGCGCACCGUCUGGCACCGCCCACAGGCCUGUGACAUCAUCCCCCUCGCCAAGCUACAGACGUUGAAGCAGCAAACGGAUGUGCCCUGCCCGGGAGGGACGGGGGUAGACAGAGGAGGGAGGACGUCAGCUGAUAACAGCCCAGGGAGGGGCAGUGCGGUCAGUAGAGAGGGGAGCACAUCGUCUUCACUGGACCAGGAACUGACCACAUCGGAGAAACAGGGGAAUAGAGAGGAGGCAGAGAGGUAAAUACAGUACAUACACUACACUAACCCUAACAUGACCACAACCUUAACUUGACCACAACACUAGACCAGGAACUGAACACAUCGGCAAAACAGGCGAUCAGGCAGACAGGUACAACACACUACACUGACAUCAACCCUAACCCUGACCAUAACCCUAACCCUUAACACAACCAGAACACUAACCCUAAACACGAACACUGUACCUGACCACAAUCCUAAUCCCAACUCUAACUCGACCACAGGGAGGAGGCAGACAGGUCGUUGUCACGAUCGUCUAAAACAGGAGACCAAGGCGCAGCGUUGCGAGUGAACAUGAUGACUUUAAUUAGAAAAGCACGUCAAUACGAAACAAAUGACGAUAGUGAAGUCCACAGUGACAAUGACUGAACUUGGAACAAAAACCCACAACCCCAAGGUGAAAACACACAGUAUAAAUAUGGCUCCCAAUCAGAGAUAACGAGCCGACAGCUGACACUCGUUACCUCCGAUUGGGAGUCAUUGACCAAACAUAGAAAACAACAACCUAGACACCCAACAUAGAACAUAAACACAUAGACUGCACACACCCUGGCUCAACAAUAAUGAGUCCCAGAACCAGGGUGUGACAGUACCCCCCCCUAAAGGCGCGGACUGCGACCGCGCCUCAAAACCCCCAAACAGGGGAGGGCUGGGCGGGCAUACCUCCUCGGUGGCGGUUCUGGCUCCGGCCUAGACCACCACCCCACCAUAGUCACUACCCGCUUACGUAGCCUCCUCCAAAUGACCACCCUCCACCUUAACCCCACUAGAUUAAGGGCCAGCACCGGACUAAGGGGCAGCACCAGGCUAAGGGGCAGCACCGGACUAAGGGACAGCACCGGACUAAGGGGCAGCACCGGACUAAGGGGCAGCACCGGACUAAAGAGCAGCACCGGACUGAAUGGCAAAUCCUGGCUGGCUGAAGGCUCUGGCUGAUCCUGUCUGGCGGAAGGCUCUGGCUGAUCCUGUCUGGCGGAAGGCUCUAGCGGCUCCUGUCUGGCGGAAGGCUUUAGCGGCUCCGGUCUGGCGGACGGCUCUGAAGGCUCAUGGCCGACGGGCGGCUUAUGCAGCGCUUGGCAGACGGACAGUUCAGACGGCGUUGGGCAGACAGGCAGUUCAGGCCCCGUUGGGCAGACGGCAGACUCUGGCCGUCUGAGGCGCACUAUAGGCCUGGUGCGUGGUGCCGGAACUGGUGGUCCCGUGCUGAGGACACGCAUCUCAGGGCUAGUGCGGGGAGAAGGAACAGGCCGGACCGGGCUGGCGACGCGCACCGUCAGUUUGGUGCGAGUGGCAGGAACAGGCCGGGUCGGGCUGGCGACGCGCACCGUAGACUUGGUGCGGGUGGCAGGAACAGGCCGGACCGGGCUGGCGACGCGCACCGUCAGUUUGGUGCGAGUGGCAGGAACAGGCCGGGUCGGGCUGGCGACGCGCACCGUAGACUUGGUGCGGGUGGCAGGAACAGGCCGGACCGGGCUGGCGACGCGCACCGUCAGUUUGGUGCGAGUGGCAGGAACAGGCCGGGUCGGGCUGGCGACGCGCACCGUAGACUUGGUGCGGGUGGCAGGAACAGGCCGGACCGGGCUGGCGACGCGCACCGUAGGUUUGGUGCGAGUGGCAGGAACAGGCCGGGUCGGGCUGGCGACGUACACCGUAGGCUUAGUACGUGGAGCAGGAACUGGCCGGGCUGGGCUGGCGACGCACACCGUAGGUUCUGUGCGUGGAGCAGGAACAGGCCGGGCUGGGCUGGCAACGCACACCGUAGGCCUUGUGCGAGAGGCAGGAACAGGUCGGACCGGGCUGGAGACGCGCACCGUCCCUUUGGUGCGAGGGGCCGUACCUGGCCGGACCGUACUGGGGACACACACCACUGGCUCUACCCCGGGAACUGGAACGGGCCGGACCGGACUGGAUACACACCUCAGUCUCUCACGCCGUGCCUCUACAUCUCCUUUCCCUCCUUUAACCAGUAGCCCCCGUAACCUGGUGGCCUCUUGAAUUCGCCCCUUCUCUGCCUCCGUUAGCCCCGUCGUCCAAGCCAUGUGCCCCCCCCAAAAAACUUUUUGGGGUUGCCUCUCGUCCUUCCAACGAUGAUGGCCCUGCUGACGCCGUUGCUCCUCUCUCGCCAGGGCCUUGAUCUUCCCCCAAGGUCCCUUGCCCCCGAGCAUGUCCUCCCAGGACCACGAUUUGCCCACCUGGGCCAUCGCCAGCCUCUCGAUCUCCUUACCAGGCGCUUCCUCCCAUGUCCAGCUGUCUUGCUCCUGGACACGCUGCUUGGUCCUUCUAUGGUGGGUUUUUCUGUCACGAUCGUCUAAAACAGGAGACCAAGGCGCAGCGUUGCGAGUGAACAUGAUGACUUUAAUUAGAAAAGCACGUCAAUACGAAACAAAUGACGAUAGUGAAGUCCUACAGUGACUAUGACUGAACCUGGAACAAAAACCCACAACCCCAAGGUGAAAACACACAGUAUAAAUAUGGCUCCCAAUCAGAGAUAACGAGCCGACAGCUGACACUCGUUACCUCCGAUUGGGAGUCAUUGACCAAACAUAGAAAACAACAACCUAGACACCCAACAUAGAACAUAAACACAUAGACUGCACACACCCUGGCUCAACUAUAAUGAGUCCCAGAACCAGGGUGUGACAGUCGUAUACAGAACCAUGACCACAACCAGGGCCUAAUAUUAACACCCGCCACCUGCCAAAUGCGGGUAGGUUUUGGCAUUGGCAGGUAAGAUGUCUAUUUCACCAGUCACUUUGGCGGGUGAUCAGGGCUCCACAAUGUGAGCAUUUCACUCACAUUUGUGAAUAAAAUAGUCAAGUAUGAUCACAUUUAUAGUAAAAUAAAUGCUGCAGUAGUAUUUUUGCCGUUUUGUUUCAUAGCUGGUUAAUUAAUCGCACAAACUACGAAUCCUAUAUCGCCUAUCCCACCUAGCGCUGCAACACUGCCUGGCUGGGGGCUGUGCACAGGCAAAAAGUUGGUCUAAUUUACUUGAAAUGAAAGUCUACUGAAGUGACACUUUGUCCUUGUGUUUCUUGGCUAUUUACAUUUGUUUGGUUCACAAGCUCGGUUGUUUCUCUAUGUUUGCGUUUCAACUGCUAGGGAAGAGAAGACAACGCUUCUACUAGUCAGACUCAAUCUCACAGGCACAAACUUGACUUGAGUCGCGCUACCGCGGUAACCUCCCGCCCUUAAAGGGCCAGGUGAACAUUUGUGAUAUUUUGGUUAAAACACAUUAGUUACUUCUUAUUAGUAAUACAUUUAUUGUUUUAGAAAUAUUACAAAGCAUGAUCAACCAUUUUUUUAUGUUUUGUUGGUGUACCUGUAGCGACCAAAACAUAUUUUGCUGGUAAAAGAUAUGAGUUGGUGGUAGAUUUUUUAAUCUACCUGCCACAGUGGGUGGUGGACCUGUCACGAUCGUCUGGGUAAGGAGUAGUAGACCAAGGCGCAGCGUGUGAAAUAAACAUGACUUUAUUUAAUUAAAGUUCCUAAAUAUAAACAAAACACGAUUCAUGAAGUCCACGGUUAAACAUACCGUCACGGAACAAAAACCCACAACCCCAAGGUGAAAACACACAGUAUAAAUAUGGCUCCCAAUCAGAGAUAACGAGCCGACAGCUGACACUCGUUACCUCUGAUUGGGAGUCACUCAAUACAAACAUACAACAACCUAGAAAUAGACACAACAGAACUACCAACAUUGAAAUAAACACAUAGAAUGCACACACCCUGGCUCAACAUAACGAGUCCCAGAACCAGGGUGUGACAGGACCAAAAAGUACAUUUUAUGCCCUGACCACAAAGACAAAUCCUGCAGGUUCUCUGUCACUCUCUCUUUUCCCAUCUCUCUCUCAUUUUUUCUUCCCUCUCUCUCUCUCUCUCUCUCUCUCUCUCUCUAUUGAUUGACCCAUUUCUCCUCCUCAUUCAAAUCUACUCAUUCUCUCACUCACCUUCAGUUUUCCUCUCUCCUCCUCUUCCCCCUUUCAUUCAAUUAAUCUUGUUCUCGCUCUCUCUCUAACGAGUCUGUUUUUUGCUCAUUAGCUGUAAUCUGCUGCAGUCUUCUGUGAUUGGUGGAAACGCUUGGCCGGGGUCGCAGUGUCCUGUAAAUGUGUUUUCUGCUCCUGUUCCUUAAAUGUGUUCAAUGCUCCUGUCCCUGCCAGAGCUGGGAAAAAGACAGUUCUCCACACACACACACGUACACACACACCAUUAACAUACUUCAUACUUCGUAUACCCAAUUUCAAUACAAUGUUCUGUCAGUAUGUCCCCUCUAUGUUGGGCAGGUUGAUUCUAGGUCAUUAAGUAGAGAGACUGGUUUGUCACGGUCACACUGGCCAUCCCCCAGAUGGAUUGUGGGUAUUGACCUUGAGGUCCACAGAAAAAGUCACAGACACAUCUCAACAUCAACAGUGCAGAGGGGACUGUGUGAAUCAGGUCUUCAUGAUCGAAUUUCUGCAAGAAACCACUACUAAAGGACACCAAUAAGAAGAAGAGACAUGCUUGGGCCAAGAAACACAAGCAAUGGACAUUAGACUGGUGGAAAUGUGUCCUUUGGUCUGGAGUCCAAAUUGGAGAUUUCUGGUUCCAACCGCCGUGUCUUUUUGAGACAUGGUGUGGGUGAAUGGAUGAUCUCCGCAUGUGUAGUUCCCACCGUAAAGCAUGGAGGAGGAGGUGUUAUGGUGUGCUUUGCUGGUGACACUCUCUGUGAUUUAUUUAGAAUUCAAGGCACACUUAACCAGCAUGGCUACCACAGCAUUCUGCAGCGAUACGCCAUCCCAUCUGGUUUGGGCUUAGUGGGACUGUCAUUUGUUUUUCAACAGGACAAUGACUCAACACACCUCCAGGCUGUGUAAGGGCUAUUUGACCAAGAAGGAGAGUGAUGGAUUGCUGCAUCAGAUGACCUGGCCUCCACAAUCCCACGACCUCAACCCAAUUGAGAUGGUUUGGGAUGAGUCGACCGCAGAGUGAAGGAAAAGCAGUCAACAAGUGCUCAGCAUAUGUGGGAACUCCUUCAAGACUGUUGGAAAAGCAUUCCAGGUGAAGCUGGUUGAGAGAAUGCCAAGAGUGUGCAAAGCUGUCAUCAAGGCAAAGGGUGACUAUUUGAAUAUAAAAUAUAUUUUGAUUUGUUUAACACUUUUUUGGUUACUACAUGAUUCCAUAUGUGUUAUUUAAUAGUUUUGAUGUCUUCACUAUUAUUCUACAAUGUAGAAAAUAGUAAAAAUAAAGAACAACCCUUGAAUGAGUAGGUGUGUCCAAACUUUUGACUGGUACUGUAUAUACUUUAGUUUAUUUAGUAAAUAUUUUCUUAACACUGCAUUGUUGGUUAAGGGCUUGUAAGUAAGCAUUUUACGGUAAGGUCUGCACCUUUUGCAUUCGGUUUGAUUUGAUUUAGUGUGUGUACAUAUGGGAAAGGAAAGGGGACACCUUGUCAGUUGCCCAACUGAAUGCAUUCAACCGAAAUGUGUCUUCCACAUUUAACCCCUCUGAAUAAGAGAGGUGUCUGGGGGGCUGCCUUAAUCAACAUCAUCGGUGCCCGGGGAGCAGAUGUUGUUCAGGGUUAACUGCCUUGCUCAAGGGCAGAACUGCCGAUUUUUCCACCUUGCCGGCUCAGAGAUUCGAACCAGCAACCUUUCGGUUAUUGGCCCAACGCUCUUAACCGCUAGGCUACCUGCGGCCCCUGUGUGUCAGAUGUGCGUCAAAUGAUGCUGGCCUCCAAUUCCCCUUUAAUUUGACUUCAGUUUAAGAGUUGGUUGGUUAUGGGUUGGUUGAUCACAUUGAUUGAUUGUGUUAAUUAAAUCAUUACAGUGGCUGGUCAAUACACAUGAGAGCAACAAAUCCAGCCAGGUAACCCUCCAGGUAGGAGUGGAAGCCACGCACACACACAGUGUAAAUAGAAAAUGCAAUGGGAAACCUGUCAUUUUGUGCUUGCUAAAGGCCGCUUGGUCCCUCAGCAGGGAGAUAAAGGAGAGGGGAGAGAAUGUGUAAAUUGAUUUGAAGGUCGAUUGUCUAUGAAUAAUUUAUGGAUGGGGAGAGGAAGAACAAUGUUCACUUUGUAGUGGCUUUCUAGAGAGAGAGGUGGAGAUUUAAAAAGCUGAAGAGAAGGAGACAUGGAAAGAGAAGAAGCCAAGGUGACUGGGAGUGACAGAGUGGCCAGGAAGGAGAUCAAGAGAUGAUAGAGGAGAGUUGGAGAGGGUGAGCGAGGAAAUGAGAGAGAGAAGAGAGGUGGCUGUGUGUCAAAUGGCUUCCUAGCAAAGUAUGGUCCAGCCCAACACACACAACCCUGUAAUCUUUCAUCCUACCCCCUUUAACACACACACACACACUCAUUGGCCACUCCAGUAUUCAGCUGUGGCCUUGGGCAUCAGAGCGUGGAACUAUUGAAGACAAGGGUGGCCAAUGCUGCAAUCAAUUUCACACCCUACUCUCUCUCUCUCUCUCUCUCUCUCUCUCUCUCUCUCUCUCUCUCUCUCUCUCUCUCUCUCUCUCUGUCUUUGCCUUUAUCCUCCCCUCCAUCUCUCUUUAUCUGCCUUGUCUCCUACCCUUCCUCCAUCUCGCUGUCUCUCCCCCUUUCUCCUAAAACUCAUCAUUUAUAUUUCUCUCACAGUUUCUCUCUGCUGUUGGCUGUUUACUGAAAAACACUCAAGGUGAAAAAUGUGUUGAUGUGUCCUUGAGGGGCAUCUAAGAUUUUAAAACAUUGGGGGCUUAGCACCAAGCCAGUAGAGGGGUCUGGGGGGCAUUCUCCCCCUGCAAAAAAAAGAAGGAAUUUCAACAGCUAAAUGCAUGAAGUUGGUGCACUCUGAGAUUAACAUUGAGAGAUUAGAACAUUGUGAGAUUAGAUAUUUUUCAGGUAACUUGCACCUUUCCACCUGCCACAGCAGACACUGCCAGUACUCAAUUACAGUAGCUACUGUGGGUCUCUCUACUCUGGAACACUCUAUACUCUGGAACAUACAUCUACAGUGUAUUGCCAAAAACCAUUCAACAACUUCAGACAUACAGUAGACUCUGACCUGUCCAAUGAGCCAAACUGAUUAAAGAAUCCCACAGUACCCAAACACCCUCUCUCUCUCUUUCUCACUCUCACACACACCCACACCCACACACUGUGCAGUAAUUAGAAUCCAUAGAGCAGCUUUAAGUGUCGUCUGUUGCUGUCUUUCUUGUCUGCCCUCUUCUGUUGCUGUCUCUUGUCUACCCUCCUCUCUCGUCCUGCCCUGGUUGUAAAAAGUGUAAAAGUAAACAAGUGUUUUUCUAGUAAUUUCACAGGCUUUUUCCUCCUCACCUGGAAACUCUUUGUAAACCAUGUUUUACUUUUUCACUGUCUGUGUUUCACCUCUUAUAGUUUGUGCAAAUAAAUAAAACUAAUUAGAAUCUAUAGAGCAGCUUGAAGUGAUACACUCUACUGUGUGCUCAACCCACUCUGUUCUCUCUCCAUCUGCCCUCUUCUGUCACUUUCUCUGGGUCUAGUCUGUUGCUGUCUGUGUCUUGUCUGUCUCCUUAUCUAUCCUUUCUGUUAUGGCCUGUUCUGUUCUUCUGGUGUCUCUCUCCAUCAUAUCCUAUUAUUCUAUUGCUGUAUCUGUGUCUUGUAUGGUGUGUCUCUUUAGUUUUGCAAUCCAAAACAGUCAAGGGGAUACUGGGGUAGCGUAACUUGUUUUGGACCCGUGUCUGGGUCACUUAAAUCAUCCUCCUCCCUACCAUUCGCCACUGGCCUGCUGUUCUCAUCUGUCCUCCUCCUUGGCUCAUCUGAAAGGUAGCAAGGUAGAGGUGCAACAUGUCAUUAGUUAGUUUUAAAGGGCGACUGCACUUCCUGAUUUGGCCUCGUUUUAGAUUUGGUUUGUUAAGAAAUGCUAGCAACCUGACUGAAUUCAGACAUGAGUUGGUUUCGGGGUGUGGUUUGAUGUGGGUGUCUAGUGUGUUCACAGGUGGAUGUUCGCAGGUGGGAAGAGUUAGCCAAAUUAUUUAGCCAAUUAGCUUCAGUCAGCUGGUGUGCGACAUGAUCUCCGGGGCUAGUUAGGGGCCGUCAAUAAAUUACACAAUGUAAAUGAGACAAUAUUUUCAUGUUGCACAUCUUUUAGUUUUCUAAUUAAAUGCUUUCAAUAUUUGUCUAUACAUUUCUACAAUUUUAAGUUGGUUUGAGGUUUUUAAGUCAUUGAAAUUUGGAGCUAUUUGAAUUUUAACAUAUUGUCCCUUGUACAUUGUGUAAUUUACCGAUGGUCCCUAACUAGCUCAUAGGGAUAUCCAAAGUCAACCCACAUUUACCACAGGCAUUAGGAUCGGGUCGCAUUAAUGAAAUAAACCCUACCUUCAUUAACGUUGCGAUGCAGUCACGACCACAACCCUCACAAAACUCGGGUGAAGAAUAGGGCACCCCUGGCCUGGCAAAGGGUUCAGCCUCCUCACUGCCCGGAUGUACUCCAGGUUACGGUGGUCCGUCCAGACGAGGAAAGGGUGCUUCGCCCCUUCGAGCCAGUGCCUCCACACGGUCUGGAUUCGGACAACAGCCAACAGCUCCCGAUCACCAACGUCGUAGUUCUGCUCCGCCAGACUGAGCUUCUUAGAGAAGAAGGCACAGGGGCGGAGCUUGGGUGGCGUGCCCCCGAGCGUUGAGAUAGGACAGUGCCUAUCCCUACCUCGGACGCAUGCACCUCCACUACGAACGGUAGUGAUGGAUCGGGAUGGGCCAGUAUCGGGGAUGAGGUGAACAGAACCCUCAGGUUACUGAAGGCCCUGUCAGCCUCAGCAGACCAGCGGAGCCGGGACGGCCCACCCUUCAACAGAGAUGUGAUGGGAGCUGCGACCUUGCCAAAGCCCAGGAUAAACCUCUGAUAGUAGUUGGCAAAGCCAGUAAAGCGCUGCACCUCCUUAACUGUGGUUGGAGUCGGCCAAUUACGCACGGCUGAAAUGCGAUCUCCCUCCAGCUCCAUACCUGAGGUGGUAAUGCGGUAUCCGAGGAAGGAGACGGACUGUUGGAAAAACAGACACUUUUCUGCCUUGGCAUAAAGGUCAUGAUCCAACAGUCGGGCCAGCACUUUGCGAACCAGGGACAUGUGCUUGGCGCGCGUAGCGGAAUACACCAGAAUGUCAUCGAUGUAGACCACUACACCGCGACCAAGCAUGUCCCGAAAAACCUCGUUCACAAAGGUCUGGUAUUCAUAAUGCCCCGUGGUUGUGCUGAAUGCUGUCUUCCACUUGUCCCCUUCUCGGACACGCACCAGGUUGUACGCACUCCGGAGAUCUAAUUUUGUGAAGAAGCGCACACCAUGCAUUGACUCGAUCACAGAUGGAAUGAGGGGUAUAGGAUAACUAUACCGUAUUGUUCCUUUGUUCAGUGCUCGGUAAUGUCACGGAUUCUGCCGAGGCUGCUCCUCCUCCUUGCUCGGGCAGGCUUCGGCGUUCGCCGUCCCCGGAGUACUAGCUACCACCGUUAGAUGUUUCGAUGUUAGAUUGGUUUUGUCUGUCUAUUGCACCUGUGUCCGUUUGUGUCUGAUUAUGUGUCCUAUAAGUUGCCUGCUUUGUGUUGGUUAGUUUGUGUGUUAUUGUUACGCCUGUCCGUUAGUGCUGCGUGUUUCUCUAUGUUUGUUGUUUUCGUUGUUUACGCACAGUUUGCGUAAUCGCUCGCCUCUGUUUUGUGUUGAGGCCGUUAUUGUAUUUUGUCUAGUGUUUCACUAGUAAAGACUGUUGGACUAAGCUUCGGUGUCCUGCGCCUGACUCCCACACCACAUUACAUCAGCCCUUGACAGAAUAACACACCAAAUGGAGUCAGCAGUAGCAGCGGCGGCACCCAAGUCGCUGGAAGAUCGGAUCAGCGAUCAAGACACCAUGAUCCGGCAACUUGGGGCCGCCAUGAACGAGGUGUCCAACACUCUGCACCGUUUGGUUACUGGAGAGGUGCCCACGCCGUCGCACACCUUACCAUCACCAUCGGCCAGUCCUCCUCUCCCAGCACCGGAACCCAGUGGCAUUCGGCUCUCGCUCCCGAGGGCAUAUGAUGGUACUGCAGCCGGGUGUCAGGGGUUCCUCCUGCAGGUGGAACUCUACUUGGCCACCAUACACCCGGCGCCCUCGGGAUACGAGAGCGUCUCCGCCCUCAUCUCCUGUCUAUCCGGCAAGGCGUUGGAGUGGGCCAACGCCGAAUGGAGGGGAAUAGACGCCGCCACCAUCACCUACGCAGAGUUCUCCCGCCGCUUUCGGGCUGUGUUCGAUCAUCCACCUGAGGGGAAGGCGGCGGGCGAGCGUCUGUUCCUCCUCCGACAGGGGAAGAGGAGAGCACAGGAGUUCGCCCUGGAGUUCCGGACUUUAGCGGCUGAUGCGGGGUGGAAUGAGAGGGCCCUCAUCGACCAUUAUCGGUGUAGCCUACGAGAGGACGUUCGUCGUGAACUGGCCUGCAGGGACACCAACCUAUCCUUCGACCAGUUGGUGGACAUUUCCAUCUGUCUCGACACCCUGCUGGCUACCCGCGGACGUCCCGAAUGGGGGUCGUCCAUUCCGCCCUCCAGCACCUCCGAGCCGAUUCCCAUGGAGCUCGGGGGUGCUGGCGCUAGGGAGAGGAGGAGAGAGAACCCGAGGGGGGCCGUCCCCUGCACCAACUGUGGCCGUGGAGGGCACACUGCGGCUAGGUGCUGGGGAGGGUCUCCUGGGAGAGGGGACAACAGGCCACGCACUGGGGAGUCAUUUCAGGUGAGUAGGCGCCCCACUUACCCAGAGCUCUCUGUUGGUCACCUGUGUAUACCUGUGAGAUUUCCACAGGUGGCACCUCAUUCCCAGCAUAAGGCGCUAGUAGAUUCAGGUGCAGCUGGGAAUUUUGUUGAUCGUGAAUUUUGUUCUAGGUUAGGAAUUCCCCUUCGGCCGGUGGAAGCCCCCUUUCAUGUUCAUGCCCUAGACAGCCGGCCGCUGGGGUCGGGGUUGAUCAGAUGUCACAGCACCACUUAAGAUGACUACGCAGGGGGGUCAUGAGGAGAUCAUUCAGUUUUAUCUGAUCGACUCUCCUGCGUAUCCCGUGGUGCUGGGGCUUCCCUGGUUAAGCGCCCAUGAUCCUACCAUUGCGUGGCAACAGAGGGCUCUUAUGGAGUGGUCUGCCCAGUGUGUAGGGAGAUGUUUAGGUGUUUCCUUAGGGGCGACUUCGGUGGAGAGUCCGAACCAAGUGCCCGCAAUGCGCAUUCCCCCUGAAUAUGAGGAUUUAGCACUUGUGUUCAGCAAAACUAGGGCAACACGGCUGCCACCUCAUAGACAGGGGGAUUGUGCGAUAGAUCUCCAAACAGGAGCGGCACUUCCGCGGAGCCGUGUGUAUCCCCUGUCUCAAGAGGAGACAGCGGCUAUGGAGACUUACAUAGCCGAGUCCUUGGAACAGGGAUACAUACGGUCCUCCACUUCCCCGGUUUCCUCGAGUUUCUUCUUUGUGAAGAAGAAGGACGGGGGUUUGCGCCCGUGUAUUGAUUACCGUAGUCUCAAUCAGAUCACGGUUAAGUACAGUUACCCUCUUCCUCUGAUUGCGACUAUGACGGAGUCAUUACGUGGAGCGCGGUUCUUCACAAAGUUGGAUCUCAGGAGCGCGUACAAUCUGGUGCGCAUUAGGGAGGGGGAUGAAUGGAAAACAGCAUUUAGCACCACCUCGGGUCAUUACGAGUAUCUCGUCAUGCCAUACGGGUUAAUGAAUGCUCCUUCAGUCUUCCAAUCCUUUGUGGACGAGAUUUUCCGGGACAUGCAUGGGCAGGGUGUGGUAGUAUACAUCGACGACAUCCUCGUGUACUCUUCUACACGAGCCGAGCAUGUAGCCCUGGUGCGCCGAGUGUUGAGGAGGCUGUUGGAGCAUGACUUGUAUGUCAAGGCAGAGAAAUGCUUGUUUUUCCAGGAGUCCAUCUCCUUUUUGGGCUAUCGGUUGUCCGCGUCUGGUGUGAAGAUAGAGGUUGACCGUGUGUCGGCCGUGCGUAAUUGGCAAACUCCAACCACUGUAAAAGAGGUGCAGCAGUUUUUGGGUUUUGCUAAUUACUACCGGAGGUUUAUCCGGGGCUUUGGACAGGUGGCAGCUCCCAUUACGUCCCUGCUAAAGGGGGGUCCGGUGCGUUUGCAGUGGUCAGCUGAAGCGGACAGGGCAUUUGUUAAACUGAAGAACCUGUUCACUUCGGCUCCGGUGCUGGCGCAUCCGGACCCCGCUUUACCAUUCCAAGUUGAGGUAGACGCGUCCGAGGCCGGUAUUGGGGCAGUCCUGUCGCAACGGUCCGGCACGCCACCCAAACUCUGCCCCUGUGCGUUCUAUUCUAAGAAGCUCAGCCCGGCGGAGCGUAAUUAUGACGUAGGGGACAGGGAGCUGUUAGCUGUGGUUCAGGCCCUAAAGGUGUGGAGGCAUUGGCUUGAGGGGGCUCAACAUCCUUUCCUCAUUCUGACUGACCACCGUAACCUGGAGUACAUCCGGGCAGCUAGGAGAUUGAACCCUCGUCAGGCUAGGUGGAACAUGUUCCUGACCCGGUUUGUUUUUAAGAUCACAUACAUCCCAGGGUCCCAGAACGGUAAGGCAGACGCCCUGUACCGGCGGUAUGACACAGAGGAGAGGUCCAUUGAGCCUACUCCCAUACUGCCGGAGUCUUGUCUGGUGGCUCCGGUGGUGUGGGAGGUCGAUGCGGAGAUCGAGCGGGCAUUGCGUACCGACCCUACUCCCCCAGAGUGUCCUGUGGGGCGGAUGUACGUUCCGCUCGAGGUUCGUGAUCGCCUUAUUUAUUGGGCUCAUACAUCACCCUCCUCUGGACAUCCCGGUAUUGGCCGGACAGUGCACUGCCUUAGCGUGAAAUACUGGUGGCCAACGUUAGCUAGGGAUGUGAGGGUUUAUGUCUCCUCCUGCUCGGUGUGCGCCCAGUGUAAGGCCCUAGACACCUGCCCAGGGGAAAGUUACAUCCCCGUUCCACAACGACCAUGGUCCCACCUUUCGGUGGAUUUUGUGACCGACCUUCCCCCCUCCCAGGGGAAUACCACCAUUUUGGUCGUUGUGGAUCGGUUUUCCAAGGCCUGUCCGUCUCCUCCCAAUGCCGGGUCUCCCUACUGCCCUACAGACCGCUGAGGCCCUAUUUACCCACGUUUUCCGGCACUAUGGGGUUCCCGAGGAUAUAGUGUCUGACCGAGGUCCCCAGUUCCCUCCAGAGUCUGGGGGGCGUUCAUGGAACGCUUGGGGUCUCGGUGAGCCUUACCUCGGGUUACCACCCAGAGAGCAAUGGGCAGUAGAAACCCCCCCCCCAGUCAACAAGGGGAACUUUGGGGUAAGGUUUUUAGGCCUCUUGGGGCCGGGAGGCGGAGGGGGGUCUAAUAUCCCCCGGGAGGGGGGGGAGGCCCCAGGGGAAAAUCUUGCCCCCCUUACCAAAAUUUUCCCUUUCCCCUGGUUUAAGGGUAUCCCCGGGGUUCCCCCCCUGGCCCCGGGGCCGUGGAGGCCCCCGGUGGAAAAGGGGUUUGGGGGGGGAAGUUUGGAACCCGGGGUGCUCCCCUCCCGGGGGGGGGGGGCGGGCCUCCCCCAGGGCAGAACGAGGCCCAUGAGAUUGGGGUUUUUCCGGUUUGCCCCCGGGGUCCCUUUUUCGCUGAGAAAUGGCCCCUAAAUUGGGCCGGGGCUUUUUGGGGGGGGUUUGGGGGUUUUUAAAGUUCCUUAGGGAUUUCGGGUUUUCGGGUUUUUGCCCUUGUUUUAAGAAUUUAAACCCCCUCUGAAAGGGAAACCUGUAAAGAUACCUGGCCAGGGCCCCUCCGCCUGCCCUGCCGGAAGCUGGGUCGGCGGUUUGUGGGGCCUUUUAAAGUCCUGAGGAGAUUGAACGAGGUGUGUUACAGGUUACAACUGCCUGUUGAUUAUAAGAAUAUUAACCCCUCGUUCCAUGUGUCUCUUCUCAGGCCGGUGGUAGCUGGUCCACUCCAAGAAGGUGAGAUAGGAGAGACCCCUCCGCCCCCACUGGACAUCGAGGGAGCUCCGGCGUACACGGUCAGGACCAUCUUGGACUCGAGACGUCGGAUGGGGGGUCUCCAGUAUCUCGUGGAGUGGGAGGGGUACGGUCCGGAGGAACGGUGCUGGGUGCCUAGGAGGGAUAUCCUAGAUCCAUCUCUCCUGACUGAGUUCCACCGUGGUCAUCCCACACGCCCGGCUCUGCGUCCUCCUGGUCGUCCCCGAGGCCGGGGUCGGCGCACGGCUGGAGCCGCGCGUCAAGGGGGGGGUACUGUCACGGAUUCUGCCGAGGCUGCUCCUCCUCCUUGCUCGGGCAGGCUUCGGCGUUCGCCGUCCCCGGAGUACUAGCUACCACCGUUAGAUGUUUCGAUGUUAGAUUGGUUUUGUCUGUCUAUUGCACCUGUGUCCGUUUGUGUCUGAUUAUGUGUCCUAUAAAUUGCCUGCUUUGUGUUGGUUAGUUUGUGUGUUAUUGUUACGCCUGUCCGUUAGUGCUGCGUGUUUCUCUAUGUUUGUUAUUUUCGUUGUUUACGCACAGUUUGCGUAAUCGCUCGCCUCUGUUUUGUGUUGAGGCCGUUAUUGUAUUUUGCCUAGUGUUUCACUAGUAAAGACUGUUGGACUAAGCUUCGGUGUCCUGCGCAUGACUCCCACACCACAUUUCAUCAGCCCUUGACAGGUAAUCAAUGCAGACCUCUGUCUUUCUUCUUCACAAACAAGAAACUCGAGGAGGCGGGAGAAGUAGAGGGAAGUAUGAACCCCUGACGCAGGGACUCGGAGACGUACGUCUCCAUCGCCUCCAUUUCAGCCUGCGAAAGGGCAUACACAUGACUCCUGGGAGGCACAGUGUCUACCCGGAGGUUUAUCGCGCAAUCCCCCGCCCGAUGAGGUGGUAAUUUGGUCACCUGCGUUUUGGAAAACGUGUGCGCCAAAUCGAGAUAGUCGGGGGGAAUGCGCACGGUGGAGGUAGUGUCUGGACUUUCCACCGUGGUUGCACCAACGGAAAAACCUAGACACCUACCCUGACACUCUCGUGACCACCCCGUGAGAACCCUCUGCGGCCAUGAAAAGGUGGGGUUGUGUAGUGCUAACCAGCGAAGACCUAACACAACAGGGAAAUCAGAAGACUCAGUUAUAAAAAAGGUUACUUGCUCUCUAUGGGUCUUGUGCGUAACCAUAGUGACUGGUGCUGUAACUUCCAUAACGAACCCGGACCCUAGUGGUCGACUGUCAAGUGCUCGGAUGGCAGGCCCCUUCCAGGACGUCCUCUAGCAGCCAGCAGGUUGUCCAACCAGAUGGCCAUGUCCACCAGUUGAUUGAAGGACAACAUGGUGUCCCGACAGGCUAGCUCCCUUCGGACGUCCUCUCGUAGAUGGCACUGGAAGUGGUCGAUGAGGGCCCGCUCAUUCCACCCGGACCCAGCCGCUAGAGUCCGAAACUCCACGGUGAAGUCCUGCGCGGUCCUCGUCCCCUGACUCAGGUGGACCAGAACUCCCUGUAGUUGUCCAACGCGGCUCCUCCUUCACUCCUGACCGCAUUGGCCCACUCCAGGGCUUCCCCUGCGAGGCAGGAGACAAGGGCGGACACCUUCUUCCGCUCUGAUGGAGCCGGGCUGAUGUUCGAAUAGUACAACUCCAGUUGUAGGAGGAAUCCCUGGCAGAGAACAGCUGUCCCGUCGAAUUCCCGUGGUAGGGAUAUAUGGAUCCCUCUGGGUGCUGGUCCCGAAAAAUCGGGUUUUCUCCUCUCCAGGCGUUGGACGACCUGGAGAACCCGAUCCAUCGCUUCUCCCAAGUUGGCUAGCAUUGUUGAAUGCUCCUGGACCCGUGCCACUACUCCAGGCAUGUGCUUCUCUCCUGCUGACUCCAUGGCGGGUGUGUGAUUCUGUGAUGGGUGAGUUGAAGGAGUCAGGCGCAGGAGGGAAAUCACAGAAUAACAGGAUUUAUUCAGGAAAACAGAGCUACGCAGUAAUGCUUCAAAACAGUCCAGAGCGCAAAACAGGCGCACUAGAACCAACAAGGCACACAGGGAAAAUAACCUGCCGAUACAAUAUACAAGGAGCUCCACCGAGCUUCACUAUCCUCACAAUAAACAAUCACACACAAAGACAAGGGGGCAGAGGGAACACUUAUACAGGAACUGAUGAGGGGAUAUGAACCAGGUGUGUGUAAUGAACAAGACAAAACCAAUGGAAUGAUGAAAUGAGGAGCGGCAGUGGCUAGAAGGCCGGUGACGACGAACGCCGAAGCCUGCCCGAACAAGGAGAGGUGGCAGCUUCGGAGGGAGUCGUGACAAUGACAGAUAAGAUGCUACAUAGCCCCUUGGAUAUAUGAAUAUAAAGAGACAUGAGCCAAAAAAAAAUACCUGUAGAAUGGAAUAAGUUAUAAGACCUCAAUGAUUCAUUUCAUUUGUCAUGUAUAAAUGUUAUAUACACAUGAUAUACAGUGCAUGGAGUACACAAGUGUAAUGAAAUGCUUACUUGCAGGUUAACCUUUCGACAAGGCAACAACAAUAGAAAAGGUAAGUAGCAAAGUGAAUAAAAAGAGCAAUAAAAAUAAAAGCUCAAUGAAAUAAUGUCACCAAUUUAACAAUGGACACGUUUUUUUACAAAUAGUUACAUAUCCUAUAUGGAAAUAACGGACAUGAGCCAAGCAUGUUUACCUGUAGAAUGGAAUAGUUUAUAAGACCUCUAUGAUUAAUGUCAUUUUGUCAGUUCUACCACCUCAACAUUGCUAAUUUUAAACAGGGUUAAAUAUAAUGUUGUAGUAAAGUUCAGCUUCAGUCCACAGGGGGGCACUGUGUAGAUGUCAUCGCGUUGCGAUCUGUGCCACUAGAGAUCCUGGUUCGAAUCCAGGCUCUGCCGUAGCCGGCCGCGCCCGGGAGACACAUGGGGCGGCGCACAAUUGUCCAGGGUAGGGGAGGGAAUGGCUGGCAGGGAUGUAGCUCAGUUUGUAGAGGAUGGUGUUUGCAACACCAGGGUUGUGGGUUUGAUUCCCACGGGGGGGCAGUAUGAAAACUAUAAAAAAUAAUGUAUGCACUCACUAACUAUAAGUUGCUCUGGAUAAGAGUGUCUGCUAAAUGACUAAAAUGUAAAUAAUAUCAUGACUUAUAUCAACAUCCUUAGCUUGCCAAUUCACUAAAUAUACUGUUAACUAACUCUGACUGACACCCAAUAGCUUAAGGAUGCUGAGCGCUAAUGCUAGCUUAUUAGCAUUAGCCAACCCUUAUGCUGAGGGAGACUAGCUAAUUAGCUACCACCAACCAUGCAAAAACCUGUGGCUAACUCUGCUGCUGCUGCACUUUGACUCUCUGGCUGUUCUGCCCUCUCCACCUCAUUCACUGUUGCCUCAACCUGCUCAACCUGUUCACUUUUUUCUCCACUCUUUCGAAAGAAGUUCCGAAUAUCCAUAUUUGCUCUGUACUGUGAUGUAGACUCUUGACUGAGUGACGGACGUUUUGCUGAGUGAUGACAUUGACAUCGAACCGCCGGUGCUGUAGGGGUGGGGGAGGGGUCAAGGGACGUGAGUGGUCCACUGCAUUGUGAAAUCUCGACCAAUCACAGCAGGCAUCGCGUCACUCCAGGGGCUUCUUGCGGUGCCUGCUACUGCCUAGCUCAGUAUAUAGUAUUUUUGUCUUUAACAUUUGUCAGUAAAACUUUUUUUUUAAUAAACUGUAUAGCACAAGUGAUGUGUGGUUAUGGAAACUCAUAUCAGACCAUCAAAAGGUUCAGUGCUGGGUCAAAAACAUCCGGGGCUUCAGCUCAGGCCUAAUGGCACCACUCUCUUUGAGCAAGGCACUUAACCCUAAUUUGCUCCAGGGGCGCCGUACUACUAUAGCUGACCCUGUAAACAACACAUUUCAGUGCACCUAUCUGGUGAAUGUGACAAUAAAACAUGUUAUUAUUAUUAUUAUUAUUAUUAUUAUUAUUAUUAUUAUUAUUGUUAUUAUUGUUAUUAUUAUUAUUAUUAUUAUUAUUAUUAUUAUUAUAUAUUGCAUUACAACAACCCAUAACAAUACACUUCAACAAUAUUUGAUUAGAACACCAUGAUUAGCUUUCUUUCCAGUCUCCUGAGCAGCGGGUCCAGAUGUUGCAGUCAUGUCUUCUGUGUGACUGACAGCAGCACCAGUUCAUCUGUAUUUCACACCCUGGUCCCAGAUCUGUUUGAGCUGUCCUGCCAACUCCCAUGGUCAUUGUCACGCCACAGGAGUUGGGAAGAGAGCACAAGCAGAUCUGGGACCAGGCUAGGGGUUUCACUCCUGUCUCUGGGUGUUCUGUUCUGUUGCAACCACUAACUCAUCUAUGGGAAAGUUGAAAUGCUGUGUUGAACUGCCUCACUGUGUAUGUCUGUGUUACAACUUUGUCAGGAUUUACUUUGGACACAACAAUCUUUGUCAUCAGUCACAUCAGGAACUGAACAGAAUCACACCUGACAGCUCAUUAUCGCUCUGUCCCUACUGCCAAAUGGAAUAAUGAACUUACUCUCUUUCACGCUCUCUCCCUCGCUCUCUCUCUCUCUUCCCUCCCCCUCCCUUCCCUCUCUCAGGACCUCUCCAUUCAGGUGGAACACAGGUACUAAGGAGAGGAUGCUGAUCAAGGUGACAGACAGAGAACCCAGCUUCCUUUCUCACCAGGGGAAUGGUUACUCCCCCUGCGACCCCUCCACCCUUACUCCAGUCCCUGCACCCGGCACCGGCACAGCCUCCCGUGCCCGCCGAUCCUCUGGAGGCUCCGCCCCCCCUGACGGCGCCCCAGACGGCUCUCCCAUCCUCUAUGUUGACCGCAACCAGUCACCCUUCCUAAAACGGGUGGAGCUAGGGGGCGGAGGAACAGGGACCCACCGGCGCUCCUCGGCUGACUCACAGCCCCCUUCCCCCCGCUAUGCCUAUGAACCCCCCCUCUAUGAGGAGCCCCCCUCGGAGGUAGGACACUCCAGCAACACAGUUACAGAUACACAUUCAUAAAACACACCUUUCAGCUAGCUUAUGUCUUGUGAUGGACUCUGUUCUGCCUGCCUUUUUGUAUCUUUCCCUUUAUCCGUAUGUAUCAGUCCUGUUUCGUCUGGUCUUUUGAUUCAUUUUAAUUGCAUUAUGAUUUAAGUACACUAAGAUUUGACUUUACUUGCACUUUUAUGUUAAUAUACUUUUUAAUGUAAGUUGAACUUGUCCUUGACUGUAGGACACUAAAAUGUAUUAUUAUUAUUAUUAUUGUUAUUAUUAUUAUUAUAGUACCAGCCCCCGCCCAUCUACGAGGAACCUCCCACGGAUGUGAUGCGCCACCUGAGCUCUGACUCCUCCUCCUUGCUGUACGGCUCAGGGAAGUCCCCCACCCGGGGAAAGCCCUCCUCGGGGACGCCCCUCUACCACUCGCCCAAACAGAGCCACUCCCCCUAUGGUCAGCUAGUGCUGACAAGACAGAAGUGUCCAGAGAAGACGCAGAGUCUGGAGUACAGCCCUGCAGGGAAGGAGUAUGUCAAACAGCUAGUCUAUGUGGAACAGGUAGGUAGUCCAAAGGUUAGAGAGAUGGGCCAGCAACUGGAGUGUUGCUGGUUCAAAUCCCAUGUCUGACAGGGAAAAGUGUGGUUGGAAGUGUGACGGUAACUGGAGAGAUGCUGGCAUCAGUUGUACAUUGGAAAAUAAAGUAAUCUUCUUCUUCUUCCUCCAACAGUCCUCCUCCAGCCCGCGUUUUAAGACAUCCGACCGGCUCCUUCGCUACGGGACCUCCACGGCCACCCCCUCCUCCACGGGGGGAUAUGGGGGCUCCUACGGGGGAUCCUACACCCUCCAACACAGCCAGAGUCUGAUCCGGGACCCCCGGCUGCUGCUGGACUACGGGGAGGGGGGCGAAGGCGGGGGCCAGAGGCUGCUCUAUGAGGACUCUAUGUCCUGGAGCUCCAGUCAGCACCACUCACUCUCCCUCUGUGGGUCUGCAGGAGGAGAAGGUUUUGCGCCCGGGGACAACCGCGAACGCAAGACCCGGAAACCCUCCCUGCCUCAGGAGCUGGGGAGUUGUGGAGGGGGUGGUGGGGGGGACCGGGAGGAAGGGCCAAUGUCAGGGACCCUGUCGGAGGCGGUGAUGAACCAGGCCAGGCUGGCAUGGGAGGCCCAGCAGGUGAUGAAGCAGAGGACCAGUUGGGACUCAGCCCCGGGGGGAGGGGGCUCGGCCGGGGGCUCUGCCCAUGGAGGUGGGUCUAAAGACGGGUACGAGAGCGACGGUGCGGUGCCCCUGCCCCUGCCAGGCCCGGUGGUGAGGGCGUUUAGUGAGGACGAGGCAUUGGCGCAGAGCGACGGGCACCACGGGCAUUACCACUGGAAACGCAGCACCUUUGACAGACUGGGCUUCCCUCGGGCACUACUGGAGAAGAGCCUGUCUGUGCAGACCAACCUGGCCUCGCCUGAGCCCUUCUUACACCCCUCACAGGUAUACACAGUACACACACACACACACACACAGUCUAGCACUGCACUGCAGACUCUAGCUUUUACAUUCUAUGUCGCCGUAGGUCUGUGUGUGUGUGUGUGUGUUUGUGUGUGUGCGCAUGCGCAUGCGCAUGUGUGACUGUGUGUGGUCUCACUGCAGACUCUAGCUCAUCUUCUCUGUCACAGAGACAUGCCCUGGCUGCCGUAGGUCCAUGAAUGUUUCAUAAUGUGCAGAAUCAGAUAAUUAUUUUAAGAGCUCAGAUGGGCUGAGAUGGAUUUAUGUAAUAUCAAUACUGCUGCUACUGCCACAUACCUACCACCACUUAGACAGGGACUGACCUGGAUGAUCUGUACCAGACAGGCCAACACACACAUACACACACACACACACACACCACACACACACAGCCCAACACAAGCACAGAAAUACAUUGACGCACCGGGCCAUAAACAAAGACACACAGACCCAUGCCACAUUCUCCUACACAUUUCUGUGUGCUGCUGAGACAGAGCGACAGCAGGUCUGUUUAAAGGUGUCAAGAGAGAUCGGAGCCAUGCCAGAGAGGGAUGGGAGGCUGUGGGGAACUACAAACCAGGAUUUAUUCUGCUUCCCAUAUGCAGCCCUCCCUCCAUCCCUCAUCCCUCCAAUGAUCCAUUCUUUCUCUCUCUCUCACUCACUCUCAAUACUACCGUCACACACCCUUGUUGUAACACACACACACCCAAACACACACUCACGUUUUUGCCUUAUGAUGUUAACUUAGUUGCAUCUUGGUGCAAACUGCCCUCACAUAAGAGAAAUCUGCCCCCAUCAAAACCAUGGGAAAGAGAGAGAGAGAGAGUGGUGGGGGGUGAGAGUGAGAGAGGGGAAUAGGCAGUUGGAGAGAGGGAGAGACGCAGGGGGUAGUGGAAGAUAGCGGGCCUGAAAGUGCUUACAAAGAAAGGAAUUGCGCUGAACACAGGCUAGCAGCACUCAAACUCAGAACAGAGAGAAAGAAAGAAAACGUUAAAAGAACAAAGACUGAAGAGAGAGAGAUGGAAAAAAUGUUUUAUAUAUAUAUAGAGAGAGAGAGAUGUAAUUUUUAAAAUAUAUAUAUAUAGGGAGAGAUGGAAAAAAUGUUUUAUAUAUAUAUAGAGAGAGAGAUGGAUUUUUUAAAUAUAUAUAUAGAGAGAGAGAUGUAAUUUUUUAAAUAUAUAUAUAUAGAGAGAGAUGGGAAAAAAUGUUUUAUAUAUAUAGAGAGAGAGUGAUGGAAAAAUAUAUGUAUAUAUAUAUAUAUAUAGAGAGAGAGAGAGAGAGAGAGAGAGAGAGAGAGAGAGAGAGAGAGAGAGAGAGAGAGAGAGAGAGAGAGAGAGAGAGAGAGAGAUUGGUACUGCCGCCUGACCACCCAUGUGAGGCCUUCUACACCUGCCUCCCAGCCAACCAAUCUAGGGGCAGUGUGGGUAAUUGCAGUGUACUGCAGAGAGGGACAGGGUUGGAGAGUUUGACCUGAGGACUGAUAAGAGAGGCAGUAGGGGAAAGAACAAAACCUCAGUAACUAAAUUUCUAUAUGACAAUUCUACUGCAGUAACUAUGACAACCCUACUGCAGUAACUACGGUAAGAAAGUAGAAAUAUACUGCAGAAAGAUUGAUUUCCUUUCCUCCUCAUGCAGUCACAGAUGUUACACAAAACAUUCUAGUUUUGUGCUCACGCACACAUGCGUGCACACAAAUGCACACACACAUACACACACACACCUCAGAGGUGUAUUGUGAUAAUUCAGUUAAAGGGCGGAUGAACUUCCUGAUUUGGCCUCAUUUUAGAUUUGGUUCAUAAAGAAAUGCUAGCAGCCAUGACUGAAUUUAAACAUGAGUUGGUUUUGGGGUGUGGUUUAAUGUGGGUGGCUCUUAUGUGUGUUCGCAGGAUGGAAAGUUAGCCAAAUUAUUUUGGCAAUUAGCUUCAGCCGGCUGGUGUGCGACCGUGGCAAAGUUGGUUUGACUUUGGAUAGCCUAUCUCCGGGACUAGUUACAGACCGUCAAUAAAUAACACAAUAUUUUAUUAUCCCAUGUACAUUGUGUAAUUUACCAAUGGUCCCGAACUAGCCUCAUAGGGAUAUCCGCACAUUUACCACGGGCAUUACAAUCGGGUCACAUGCAGCUGCACUCAAGAUCACUUUUACUCCACACGCAGAAACGCAUACACGGCCCUCCCUCCCCCUCUUUGGCAAAUCAGACCAUAACUCUAUCCUCCUGCUUACAAGCAAAAACUCAAACAGGAAGUACCAGUGACACGCUCAAUACGGAAGUGGUCUGAUGAAGCGGAUGCUAAGCUACAAGACUGUUUUGCUAGCACAGACUAGAAUAUGUUCCGGGAUUCAUCCGAUAACAUUGAAGAGUUUACCACAUCAGUCACCGGCUUCAUUAAUAAGUGCAUCAACGACGUCGUCCCCACCGUACAUACAUACCCCAACCAGAAGCCAUUGACUACAGGCAACAUCGGCACUGAGCUAAAGGCUAGAGCUGACACUUUCAAGGAGCUUGACACUAAUCCGGAAGUUAUAAGAAAUCCUGCUACAACCUCCAACGAGCCAUCAAACGAGCCUAAGUGUCAAUACAGGACUAAGAUCGAAUCCUACUACGCUCGACGGAUGUGGCAGGGCUUGCAAACUAUCACAGAUUACAAAGAGAAACCCAGCCACGAGCUGCCCAGCGACGCAAGCCUACAAGACGAGCUAAAUGCCUUCUAUGCUCGCUUCGAGGCAAGGAAUACUGAACCAUGCAUCUCCGCAGCUGAUAUAAGACCUUUAAACAGGUUAACAUUUGCAAGGCAGCAGGGCCAGACAGAAUACCAGGAAGCGUACUCAGAGCAUUCGCUGACCAGCUGGCAAGUGUAUUAACUGACAUUUUCAACGUAUCCCUGACCCGGUCUGUAAUACCAACUUGUUUCAAGCAGACCACAAUAGGUCCCGUGCCCAAGAACGCCAAGGUAACCUGCCUAAAUGAAUAUUGCCAUGUAGCACUCACAUCUAUAGCCAUGACAUGCUUUGAAAGGCUGGUCAUGGCUCACAUCAACACCAUCAUCCCAGACACCCUGGACCCACUCCAAUUCUCAUACAGCCCCAACAGAUCCACAGAUGAUACAAUCUCUAUUGCACUCUACACUGCCCUCACCCAUCUGGACAAAAGGAAUACCUAUGCAAGAAUGCAGUUCAUUGACUACAGCUCAGCACUCAACAUCAUAAUCUCCUCCAAGCUCAUCACCAAGCUAAGGACCCUGGGACUGAACACCUCCCUCUGCAACUGGAUCCUGGACUUCCUGACGGGCCAUCCCCAUGUGGUGAGGGUAGGCAACAACACAUCUGCCACGCUGACCCUCAACACGGGGGCCCCUCAGGGGUGUGUGCUUAGUCCCCUCCUGUACUCCCUGUUUACCCACAACUACGUUGCCACGCACUACUCCAACAUCAUCAUCAAGUUUUCUGAAUACACGACGGUGGUAGGAAUGAUCACAGACGACGAUAACGCAACCUGUAGGGAGGAGGUCAGAGACCUGGCAGUGUGGUACGAGGACAACAACCUCUCCCUCAAUGUCUGCAGCCACCCAAGCCCUAGACUGUUCACUCUGCUACUGCACGGCAAGUGGUACCAGUGCACCAAGUCUGGAACCAACAGGACCCUGAAGAGCUUCUACCCCCAAGCCAUAAGUCUGCUAAACAAGACUGCUAAAUACCUGGACUACCUGCAUUUAACCUUUUUUGCACUAACUCUCCUGCACUGACUCUAUGCACACAUACUGGACUCUACUCACACACUCACACAUACUUACACUGACACUCCAACACACACUACAUACGCCUGGCUCACAGUCGGCGUUCCAAUUCGUCCCAAAGGUGUUCGAUGGGGUUGAGGUCAGGGCUGUGGGCAGGCUAGUCAAGUUCUUCCACACCAAUCUCGACAAACCAUUUCUGUAUGGACCUCGCUUUGUGCACGGGGCAUUGUCAUGCUGAAACAGGAAAGGGCCUUCCCCAAACUGUUGCCACAAAGUUGGAAGCACAGAAUCGUCUAGAAAGUCAUUGUAUGCUGUAGCAUUAAGAUUUAAUUUCACCUGAACUAAGGGGCCUUGCCCGAACCAUUGAAAAACAGCCUCAGACCAUUAUUCCUCCUACACCAAACUUUAAAGUUGGCACUAUGCAUUGGGGCAGUUAGCGUUCUCCUGGCAUCUGCCAAACCCAGAUUUGUCAGUCAGACUGCCAAAUGGUGAAGUGUGAUUCUUCACUCCAGAGAAUGCGUUUCCACUGCUCCGGAGUCAAUGGUGGCGAGCUUUACACCACUCCAGCCGACGCUUGGCAUUGCGCAUGGUGAUCAUAGGCUUGUGUGCGGCUGCUCAGCCAUGGAAACCCAUUUCAUGAAGCUCCCGACAAACAGUUCUUGUGCUGACGUUGCUUCCAGAGGCAGUUCGCGGCUGAGCCAUUAUUGCUCCUAGACGUUUCCACUUCACAAUAACAGCACUUACUGUUGACCAAGGCAGUUCUAGCAGGGCAGAAAUUUAACGCACUGACUUGUUGGAAAGGUGGCAUCCUAUGACAGUGCCACGUUGAAUGUCACUGAGCUCUUCAGUAAGGCCAUUCUACUGCCAAUGUUUGUCUAUCGAGAUUGCAUGGCUGCGUGCUCGAUUUUAUACACCUGUCAGCAACGGGUGUGGCUGAAAUAGACAAAUCCACUCAUUUGAAGGGGUGUCCACAUACUUUUGUAUAUACAGUGCCUUUUUCCACAUUUAGUUACUUUACAGCCUUAUUCUAAAACUGAUUAAACACACAAUAACCCAUAAUGACAAAGCAAAAACAGGUUUAUAGAAUUUUUUUUCUAAUUUAUAAUAAAAUAAAAUAAAAGGAAAUAUCACAUUUACAUAAGUAUUCAAACCCUUUGCUCGGUACUUUGUUGAAGCACCUUUGCAAGCAAUUACAGCCUCAAGUAUUCUUGGGUAUGACGCUACAAGCUUGACACACCUGUAUUUGGGGAGUUUCUCCCAUUUUUCUCUACAGAUCCUCUUAAGCUCUGUCAGAUUGGAUGGGGAGCGUUGCUGCACAGCUAUUUUCAGGUCUCUCCAAAGAUGUUAGAUCGGGUUCAAGUCCAGGCUCUGGCUGGGCCACUCAAGGACAUUCAGAGACUUGUCCCGAAGCCACUCCUGCAUUGUCUUAGCUGUGUGCUUAGGGUCGUUGUCCUGUUGGAAGGUGAACCUUCACCCCAGUCUGAGGUCCUGAGCGCUCUGGAGCAGGUUUUCAUCAAGAAUCUCUCUGUACUUUGCCCUGUUCAUCUUUGCCUCAAUCCUGACUAGUCUCCCAGUCCCUGCCGCUGAAAAACAUGAUGCUGCCACCACCAUGCUUCACCGUAGGGAUGGUGCCAGGUUUCCUCCAGACGUGACGCUUGGCAUUCAGGCCAAAGAGUUCAAUCUUGGUUUCAUCAGACCAGAGAAUCUACUUUCUCAUGGUCUGAGAGUCUUUAGGUGCCUUUUGGCAAACUCCAAGCGGGCUGUCAUGUGCCUUUUACUGAGGAGUGGCUUCCGGCUGGCCACUCUACCAUAAAGGCCUGAUUGGUGGACUGCUGCAGAGAUGGUUGUCCUUCUGGAAGGUUCUCCCAUCUCCACAGAGGAGCUCUAGAACUCUGUCAGAGUGACCAUCGGAUUAUUGGUCACCUCCCUGACCAAGGCCCUUCUCCCCCGAUUGCUCAGUUUGGCCGGGCAGCCAGCUCUAGGCAAACUUCUUCCAUUUAAGUAUGAUGGAGGCCACUGUGUUCUUGGGGACCUUCAAUGCUGCAGACAUUUUUUGGUACCCUUUCCCAGAUCUGUGCCUCGACACAAUCCUGUCUCGGAGCUCUACGGACAAUUCCUUCGACCUCAUGGCUUGGUUUUUGCUGUGACUUGCACUGUCAACUGUGGGACCUUUUAUAAUAAUAAUAAUAAUAAUAUGCCAUUUAGCAGACGCUUUUAUCCAAAGCGACUUACAGUCAUGCGUGCAUACAUUUUUGUGUAUGGGUGGUCCCGGGGAUCAAACCCACUACCUUGGCGUUACAAGCGUCGUGCUCUACCAGCUGAGCUACAGAGGACCACAUAGACAAGCGUGCCUUUCCAAAUCAUGUCCAAUCAAUUGAAUUUACCACAGGAGGAUUCCAAUCAAGUUGUAGAAACAUCUCAAGGAUGAUCAAUGGAAACAGGAUGCACCUGAGCUCAAUUUCGAGUCUCAUAGGAAAGGGUAUGAAUACAUAUGUAAAUAAAGUAUUUCUGUUUUCUAUUUUUAAUACAUUUGGUAAGAUAUCUAAAAACCUGUUUUCGCUUUGUCAUUAUGGGGUAUUGUGUGUAGAUUGCGGAGGAUUAUAUAUUUGUUUAAUCCAUUUUAGAAUAAGGCUGUAACGUAACAAAAUUUGGAAUAAGUCAAAGGGUUUAUGUACUUUCCGACGCCCGACACUCACACACAGUGUUAUAUUCUCCUACAUUAAUUGCACAUUUCCACAGACUUCAAAGAACCCACAACCCUGGCGUUGCAAACGCCAUGCUCUACCAACUGAGCUACAUCCCUGCCGGCCAUUUCCUCCCCUACCCUGGACGAUGUUGGGCCAAUUGUGCGCCGCCCCAUGGGUCUCCCGGUCGCGGCCGGCUACGACAGAGCCUGGAUUUUUGUCCUGAAUACAAAAUGUUAUGUUUGGGACAAAUCCAAUACAACACAUUACUGAGUACCACUCUCCAUAUUUUCACGAAUAGUAGUGGCUGCAUCAUGUUAUAGGUAUUAGGGGUGUAACGAUUCGUUUUAACAACGAUUCGAUUUGUAUCACGAUUCGUGGUUGUCGAUACGAUUCAAGGACGAUAUUGGUUCAUUUAGAACGAUACGAUCCGAAACGAUUCAGUGACUUGAAAUCGAUUCAGUAACCUUUUAGCCAAAAAUUCAACCAGUGUGACUGAAAUAAAUACCUGGAUACUGGACAGUGCAGGUGAAGUUUCCUAGAUUCCUGUUUCUUGUAAGGACCGCAAUGGUGGCUUGAUAAUUUCUCACUCGUCGGCUUCUCCUCUGUCGUCCGCCAUGCUAUGUUUUGUUGUCUUUGCGCCUUUGCGCUGCUGCUGGCGCGGGGCGAUGACGUCACGGAUAGGCAGACUGAAUCGAGUAAUGUUUAAAGCCUUUAUCAUUAAAAGUGCUAAGAAAAAACAUCCAUAUAAAGUCUGACGUGCUUAAAUCCAAUGGGUUAUUUCCUAGUAUCGAUACAAUCGAUUUAUUACAUUUUAAAACGAUGUUAGAUUGAUAUAUGUUGUCCAAAAGGCCAACUCGCCGAGCACAGAUCGAUGUAGUUGGAUCAUAGGAAUAUAAAUCGAUACAUCGAUGUAGUAGAUGGAUCGUUACACCCCUAAUAGGUAUGCCUGUAAUCUUUAAGGACUGGGUAGUCCUAGAGGAAAAAAAAUUCUAGAGGAAAACCUGGUUCAGUCUGCUUUCCACCAGACACUGGGAGUUGAGAUCACCUUUCAGCAGGACAAUAACCUAAAGCACAAGACCAAAUCUACACUGGAGUUGCUUACCAAGAAGACAGUGAAUGUUCCUCCGUGACCGAGUUACAGUUUUGACUUAAAUCUACUUGAAAAUAUAUGGCAAGACCUGAAAAUGGUUGUCUAGCAAUGAUCAACAACAAAUUUGGCAGCGCUUGAAGAAUUUUGAAAAGAAUAAUGAGCAAAUGUUGCACAAUCCAGGUGUGGAAAGCUCUUAAAGGCUUACCCAGAAAGACUGUAAUCGCUGCCAAAGGUGCUUCUACAAAGUAUUGACUCAGGGGUGUGAAUACUUAUGUAAAUGUAUAUUUAUGUAUUUAAUUUUCAAUCCAUUUGCAAAAAUGUAUAAAACCUUGUUUUCACUUGGUCAUUAUGGGGUAUUGUGUGUAGGCGGGUUAAGAAAAAAAAAAUCAAUUUAAUCCAUUUUGAAUUCAGGCUGUAACACAACAAAACGUGGAAUAAGUUGCGGGGUAUAAAUACUUACUGAAGGCACUGUCGCUACCUCAAUUACCUCGUACCCCUGCACAUUGACUUGGUACUGGUACUCCCUGUAUAUAGCCAUGUUAUUUUUACUCAUUAUUGUUAUUCAUUAUUCACUGUGUAUUAAUUCCUCUGGUUGCUAUUUCUAUUUUUUUAAAGUAAGCAUUUCACUGUUAGUCUAAACCUGUUGUUUAAGAAGCAUGUGACAAAUAAAAUUGUAUUUCAUUUUAUUUGAUUCUAAUUUAUGAUUACUUGUGUGCUGCCAGAUGUGGGCAGGAUUGAAACAAACCCAACCUUCGUUGUCAUUGUGAUUCAGUCACGACCACAAGUCUCACUAAACUCUGUUUUGGACGAGACUGACUUCAUGACCAAUAUUAUCUUAUUUACACUUUGUAGUCCAUGCUCACUAUUAAUUAUGUUUGUACUAGGGUAAGGAGGAGUUUGAAUAAGGAGUCUGUUUUGACAAAGUAUUUCUCUCUCUUUCUCUCUCUCUCAGUCGGAGGAUCUUGGAGCCUGUGCUCAGUUCGAGGCGAGUCGGAAUGCUCGGAACAUGAUGCCCAGCGCAAGCUGUGGAGUUUUCCCAGAAUUCACCCUGCGGAAGCCGUCCUCGGAGACUGACAUCGAGAACUGGGCCUCCAAACACUUCAACAAACACACACAGGUACAAACACACACACACACACUCAUCUUUACAACUAAACACACACUGAUACAUGACAUACACACACAAUCAUUCUACUUUAUAAUUUAACAUACACAGGAACAGACAAACACUCUCACGUAAAACCCAGUACUCACUGUCUCACACAAACACAUUUAUGUAGGUCUGGUUGGUAUACCGUAUUUUACUAUAUACCGGUAUUGAUGCACAGACCGGUUUGAGUUUUUACUUUACCUUCUAUAACGAUAUUUCAAUGUUUAGUUUGUUAAAUGUGAUAUGCAACUAUGCUAAUCGCUAGUUAGCUGGCUAGCUUGCUAAAUGUACUAAGAGUCAGAGCCAACAUAGCUAGUUAGCUAAUACUGCCUGGUACCAGUGCUGAUGUAGGCCGAGGCUAGCUACAUGAAGUAAGAAAACAUGUAAUGUAACAUCUAAUUAGGGUCACCUGGACACACUGACCAACACUUUGGUUUCUACCCUGUCAAUGAUUCCUCACUGGCUUAUUCAUUCAUUGUCAUGUCAAACAACAAUGUAUUCUAGGUCCUGCCCACUAUUCCAACUAUAGAAUUAGAAUAAUCAUUAUAUUUCCAUAAUUCCAACUAAUUUCACCAAUUAACUAAGACUAGAUUGUUUUGCCCAAAUCAUGCUGCUUGGCACAGUGUGGUAAUCAUAAUAUAAGUGAAGGAAAUGCAAAAAUUGAUGAAAAUGCUGAAAAAUAUUUUUGUUUGGAGUUGGAUUGACCCUAGGGUCAUGAACUACUCAGAAAGCAUAUUUAGAACAUUUAUUAUUAAAAAACAUCAAAUACCAUCAUACAAAUAUUGUGAUAUGAUAUUUUGUCCAUAUCGCCCAGCCCUACAUGUAUGUAAACUCUAGUAUAACUAAAGCAAACUAUUCACCUAUCACUCCUCCUCCCUCUUCCCCUCCCCUUACCUCUCCCCCUCGCCCCUCUUCUCCUCUCCCUCCCUCUCCCAGGGUCUGUUCCGGCGUAAGGUGUCCAUAGCCAACAUGCUGGCGUGGAGCAGUGAGCCAAUCAGGAAGCCCAUGAUCGUGACGUCAGACCGUGCAGUGAAGAGGGAGGCGGUGGAGAUCUUUAAACUAAUCCAGACCUACAUGGGAGACCGCCGAGCCAAGACUGACCCGCUCACUGUCGCCCUGGAGGUCUGCAGACUCCCUGAUAUCCCUCUGUCAUGUCUACAUCCCAAAUGGCACCCUGUUAUCUACAGUUGAAGUCGGAAGUUUACAUACACCUUAGCCAAUUACAUUUAAACUCAGUUUUUCACAAUUCCUGACAUUUAAUCCUAGUAAAAGGUCAGUCUUAGGUCAGUUAGGAUCACCACUUUAUUUUAAGAAUGUGAAAUGUCAGAAUAAUAGUAGAGAGAAUGAUUUAUUUUAGCUUUUAUUACUUUCAUCACAUUCCCAGUGGGUCAGAAGUUUACAUACACUCAAUUCGUAUUUGGUAGCAUUGCCUUUAAAUUGAUUAACUUGGGUCAAACGUUUCGGGUAGCCUUCCACAAGAGUUGGGUGAAUUUUGGCCCAUUCCUCCUGACAGAGCUGGUUUAGUCAGGUUUGUAGGCCUCCUUGCUCGCACACGCUUUUUCAGUUCUGCCCACAAAUUUUCUAUAGGAUUGAGGUCAGUGCUUUGUGAUGGCCACUCCAAUACCUUGACUUUGUUGUCCUUAAGCCAUUUUGCCACAACCUUGGAAGUAUGCUCGGGGUCCUUGUCCAUUUGGGAGACCCAUUUGCGACCAAGCUUUAACUUUCUGACUGAUGUCUUGAGAUGUUGCUUCAAUAUAUCCACAUAAUUUUCCUUCCUCAUGAUGCCAUCUAUUUUGUGAAGUGCACCAGUCCCUCCUGCAGCAAAGCACCCCCACAGAAUGAUGCUGCCACCCCCGUGCUUCACGGUUGGGAUGGUGUUCUUCGGCUUGCAAGCCAACCCCUUUUCCCUCCAAACAUAACGAUGGUCAUUAUGGCCAAACAGUCCUAUUUUUGUUUCAUCAGACCAGAGGACAUUUCUCCAAAAAGUACAAUCUUUGUCCCUAUGUGCAGUUGCAAACCGUAGUCUGGCUUUUUAUGGCGGUUUUGGAGCAGUGGCUUCUUCCUUGCUGAGCGGCCUUUCAGGUUAUGUCGAUAUAGGACUUGUUUUACUAUGGAUAUAGAUACUUUUGUACCUGUUUCCUCCAGCAUCUUCACAAGGUUCUUUGCUGUUGUUCUGGGAUUGAUUUGCACGUUUCACACCAAAAUACGUUCAUCUCUAGGAGAGAGAACGUGUCUCCUUCCUGAGCGGUAUGACGGCUGCGUGGUCCCAUGGUGUUUAUACUUGCGUACUAUUGUUUGUACAGAUGAACGUGGUACCUUCAGGCGUUUGGAAAUUGCUCCCAAGGAUGAACCAGACUUGUGGAGGUCUACACAUUUUUUUCUGAGGUCUUGGCUGAUUUCUUUUGAUUUUCCCAUGAUUUCAAGCAAAGAGACACUGAGUUUGAAGGUAGGCCUUGAAAUACAUCCACAGGUACACCUCCAAUUGACUCACAUGAUGUCAAUUAGCCUAUCAGAAGCAUCUAAAGCCAUGACAUACUUUUCUGGAAUUUUCCAAGCUGUUUAAAGGCACAGUCAACUUAGUGUAUGCAAACUUCUGACCCACUGGAAUUGUGAUACAGUGAAUUAUAAGUGAAAUAAUCUGUCUGUAAACAAUUGUUGGAAAAAUGACUUGUGUCAUGCACAAAGUAGAUGUCCUAACCGACUUGCCAAAACUAUAGUUUGUUAACAAGUAAUUUGUGGAGUGGUUGAAAAAUGAGUUUUAAUGACUCCAACCUAAGUGUAUGUAAACUUCCGACUCAACUGUAUAUAGUGCACUACUUUUGACCAGAGCCCUCAUGGGCCUUGGUCAAAAGUAGUGCACUAAAAGGGAAUAGGGUGCCGUUUUGGACUCAGCCAUGUGUGCAUUAUGUGCUUUUAGGCUUACAUUUAUCUUCACUUUCUGAUUUGUGCAUCAAAAUAAUAAUAAUUUCAAACCCCCCUCAUCUUCCCUCUUUUUUCCCCCUCUCGCCCUCUGUCUUUCUCUCUCUUUUUGGCGCCAAGACUGGCCCACUGAACAUCGCCCUGGAGGUCUGCACAGACCCUUUUAUUAUCCCUCUCGUCGUCCUCUCCUUGUAUCUGCUUUUUCAUGUCUCUCUUUGUAUCUACCUUCACUGUGUUGCUUCUCACGUCUCUCCUUUUUCACUCUGUUAUUUUAUACAUUUAUGUCUAUUAAGCUAACAGUUUACCUUCAGUUUUGUAAUUCUGCACGUCAAAGAAACAAAUGUGACUUUUAAUAAUUCCCCCCUCCUCUCCGUAUUUGCUCUCUUUCUCCCACCCUCCCUCCCUCCCUCCCUCCCUCCCUCCCUCCCUCCCUCCCUCCCUCCCUCCCUUCCACCUCCCUCCCUCCCCUCCCUCCCCUCCCUCCCUCCCUCCCUCCCUCCCUCCCUCCCAUCCUCCCUCUCCUCUCUCUCUCCCUCCCUCCCUCCCUCCCUCCUCCCUCCCCUCCCUCCCUCCCUCCCUCCCCUCCCCCCUUUCCCCCCCUCCCAUUUUCCCUUUCCUUCCCCCGUGAGGCGGGGUUGGGAGCAG